AUGCCUCCCAGCCCGCGAUUUCUCCCUCCUGCUCCAAUCCAACGGGCGCACAACGUGGUCAUGAACCAUAGCUUACAAUCUUUCGAUUCACAGGUCACAGACUAUCUGAAGAAGAAAGGCUUUACAAAGACCGAAGCCGUCUUUCGGCAAGAGACAGCCUACCUCGGUCCUGACGGGAGGCCAGCCCAACGACACGAAGACCCCGGCCCAAAGAAGUAUCUGAGAGCCUUUCUGUUAUUGAAGAAGUGGAUCGAGAAUAACCUCGAUAUCUACAAAUUUGAGCUGAGAAAGCUUCUCUGGCCCGUCUUUGUCUACUCCUACUUGGAACUGGUCGGCCAGGGUUACAACGACGAUGCCAAGCAUCUGCUGGAGACUUUGAGGCCACAUUUUGAUGCCGUUCAUCAAGAUACGCUGGCGCUGUUGGCUACAGUCACGCUACCCCAGCACAUCAACGAGAACCAGACCACGCGACUCUACCGCGAAAACAAGUACCGCAUCCCCUUGAACCAGUCGCUUUCGGGCAAUCUAUUCCACUUCCUUGAGCGCGAGGCGGACGAGGGUGGAGCGACUAUCACCUACAUCCUCCAGACCCACUGCAGCGUCGAAACGAGCGCGCGGGGACCUAUCGAGCCUUACAGCUUCGAGGCUAUCUAUCGUCGUGCCCAGAACCUUGACCUGGAUGAGGUCGACGCCCAAGAAGGAAUUCCGGGCGUGUUCACCGGAGUUUCCAACCGCGAUGUUCUCGACACUAGCGCCAAGCUCAAGCUUGGUCCGAUGCCACUAGAACCCGAGCUCAGGGACGAUGUCCGAGCGGAGCUAGAAGACGAAGACCAGAGGAACCCGCCAGCAGACGGUCGGCCCACUCUCGUCGAGGAGUUUGAUAAGCGGAUCAAGCGCGAAGAGAGCGCCGACGCGCCCUCGCGAGCAGACCUCCCCCUCCCCCCGUCCCGUGGACGGGAUGUCGUCAUGGAGAUGCAGAAGGUCCGCGAAAACCGGGAUAGGUUCCAGAUCGAGGGCCGCACCGGCGGCAUCGGCAUCCCAGUCUCGGCCUGCAUGUUUACUUUCCACAACACCCUUGGGAGUGUAUCCUGCAUGGACUUCUCCAACGACCACCAACUUGUGGCAAUGGGCACGAUGGACUCGUAUAUUCGGGUUUGGUCCCUAGACGGCAAACCACUCAGGACAAAAUUCGAGCAUGAAAAAGACGUCAAGGUCAACAACCGGAAGCUUAUUGGGCACUCAGGUCCUGUGUACGGCGUCUCGUUUUCGGACUCGAUUGCGAACCUCAACCGCAACAUCUAUGCCGACACCGACGAGAAAAAGCCCGAUACCAGCACCACACUCUUGUUGUCGUGUUCAGCAGACGGGCAGGUUCGGCUUUGGUCACUGGAAUCGUGGGCGUGUUUGUGCAUCUACAAAGCGCAUGAUGGCCCAGUGUUCCGCGUGCUCUGGGGUCCGCACGGGCACUACUUUGCCACGGCUGGAUGGGACAAGACAGUGCGCAUCUUUUCCCAAGACCAUGCCUCAGCUCAGCGCCUUCUGGUCGGCCACGAUACCAGCAUCUCAGCGCUGUCCUGGCAUCCCAACGGCACAUAUGUGUUUUCGGCGUCGGACGAGAUGGACAAGUCGAUCCGCAUGUGGUCCAUUAUUACAGGCAACUGCGUGCGCAUCUUCACCGGGCAUACGCACUACAUCAGUGCCCUGCAAUGCGCGCACAAUGGCAAGAUCCUAGCCAGCGCCGACGCCGGAGGGAACAUCAUCCUGUGGGAUAUCGACAAAGGUACCCGCAUCAAGCGGUGUCGCGGCCACGGGAAAGGCGGCAUCCCGUCUCUUAGCUUUAGUGCCGAGUCCAACGUUCUUGUGUCUGGUGGCUUGGACGGUACAGUCCGUAUCUGGGACAUCGAGCUGCCUGCGGAUCCCAACAAGUCCAACCCUCUUACAGUGGGGCCCGCUCACCCCGGACCACAAACGGACGGGGCAGUGCCUGGCGAUACCAUCGCCGUCGGAGGAUCCUUGGAUAGUCGUAGCAUUACAGUCGGUGGCCAGCCGGCGCAAGCAGCGGGUUCGAGCGCAUCUGCGGCCGGCGUCGGCACUAGUGGAGGGGGAGGCGGAGGUGGGAAGAAGAAGGCUAAGGAAGUUCAGAUCACACCGGACCAGAUCAGUGCCUUUGCGACCAAGAAGACGCCCGUCAUGAAGGUACAAUUCACGCGCAUGAACUUGAUUGUGGCGGGUGGCUGCUACGACCCUGAACGGUAG